AUGGACGAGGAGAAAAUUGUUUUGAUCGGAAAUGAGACGGAUCUUCUGCACAGCGGCUACAAUUUCGCGAUCAGAGACCACGGAAGAAAGUAAUUUUACUCGAAAAUGCUGAAAAAAACGCCUAAAAGCGUUUCAGAUACCCGUCGGCGAUCCACUUCACCCAUUAUUCGAUAAUUCAUUCGCUUCACAUCUCCGACACGUUCGCCGAAGAACUUUUGUGCACGAACAGCAGCGAUGUGGCUCAAAAAGCGCAGGUCAUACUGCAGGAGCACAUGCCCGAAGGCCACGACAUGAACAGUUUGGGCGGAUAUUUGCAGACGAGCCUCAAUUCGUACUCGCUUCAGGGUCUAAGGCUUCGAUCCGAACAGGACAAGGGUGCGUUUUUAUUAAAAAUUGAAGAAAAAUGGUGGAAAUUUGAGAAAAACCGAAAAAAUUGCGCUUUUUUCGCUUAAAUUGAGAAAUUCCGAAUUUCGCCGUUGUUGCCUCGAAAAUUCAGUCUAUUCUUUGCUGUAAGCGAUAAAAAUGCUCUCUUCUUCAGAAAACUCGCAAUUUUUUUUUUUCAAAAGCUUGGUCUGUAUAGAAAAACCGAUUUAUUCACCAUUUAAAUGUAAAUACCCAAAAUUGACAAUUUCAGACUUUGAAAAGACGCUCCUGAAGACAAAUGAGGCGUUAUUGAUCGUUUGUGACGAGAAAAAUUCGCAUUUGGGCAUCGGAAUGGACGACAAAACGUUCAUGGAGUGGAUGGCGAAGGAGAAGGCCGAUUCGAGGCAAAUCGCCUACUGGAUGCGAAAUGAACACACGAAGCCGGUGGAUUUGGGUAAAAAUCAGUUGGGGUAAGCAAGAAAUGCAAGCAAUGAAUGAUGGAGCGACAGAAAACUGAAUAUUCUAUAAUUGCAGAAACUGGCUCAUGUACUUGCGCUACGAAAUUCGUGAAAAACGAAAAGCGUCGGUGCUCAGCCGGCCCAUAGUUCAAGUGGAAGGACUUUCGACGGACAAGGACGACAAACCGGUGAUGAUCUCCAUUAAUGACCUCGUUAUCAGUUUGGAGGUACGAAAUUGUCAUUUUUAGAGGGAAAAAGGAAGAAAGCAGCCGUAAGGCUGCCCAAUUUGACCGGACUGUGACAGGUUGUCAAGUUGUUCUAAGUGCCUAAAUUACUUCUAUGGAUCAUAUUCGUUCAAUUUCCACUCAUUUGAACCCACUAGACUACCUGGUACGAGCACUAGAUUCACGAAUGUCCAGAUUGCCGGAGUGUCCUUAUGGCGCCGCAAUCUAGACAUUUCCGACUUUACCCGGACUGUAAUAGGCUCAAACAUCGCGCAACUAUAGUUUUGCAGGGAAUUUUCCGACCGCUGUCGAAUUACUACGCGUUUCCGUUCGAAAUGAAAGGAGAACGAUACCGUUCUGUGGAGCACUACGCCUUCGAAAAACUGUUCAAUUCGUUGAAAUUGGACGACAAAGCGAUCGAGAAGAUCCAGACGACGCCCGUUCCGUUGAACGUUCCUAUUGUGGCGCAGAAAGUGCUACGCGCACUAAAGGUUCGAAAUGCGCUGUUUCACUGAACAAUCACUAAAUUUACUGGUUAUUUGCAGGUGAAACCGGAGGCGAUCGCGGAGAAGACGCCGAAGAUGGACCGAUGGCGGCAGUCGGCGAUGAAGCACAAGAUCUACCACAACGAGUACCUGCAGCAGCUGCUCCUCUCCACCGGCUCCGCGAUUAUCAUCGAUUCGGCGCUCGGCGACCCGUUGUGGACGUGCGGAGGAACGGAAAUGGAGUUGCAAUGGCUGCUCACGAAGCCCUACGUCACGCCGGAGAAGCUGAUCAGCUGGAUGCUCGGCAAAGAAAGCGGCAACAAGAAAACACCGAAAAGUGUGUCGCACUUGUUCGGCAACAAGUCAGGAUUGCUCCUCAUGGAACUGCGACAGAAAUUGAGCGUGAACACACAGAGCAGAAUACCACUGGUUAGCGAUUUUUCUGAAAAGUUGCAGAAAAGCAGAAAUAGCAGGACUGGGCAAAUUAUUACUUGGAAUCAUCCGAUCGGGCCCAAACUGUGCAGGCGUCUUGAACUUAAAUAGAAGUAUUUUGGGUCCAAGUUUCAGACCGAUCCGAUAAUGCGGUCCCGAGAUGAUCCAAAUAUCUCGGGACCGGAUGAUCUGAUCGGCCUGAGACUCGGGCCCAACAUACUUCAAUCCAAGUCCAAGAAGCCUACAAAGUUUGGGUCCGAUCGGAUUAUUCCAAGUAGGCCAAAAGUCCAGGCCUGGGCUUGCCUUAAAAAUAUAAAUAAGUCUAUGAAAAAUCGCCGUUAUUUUUGAAGAUCUCCCCGAUAAACACGACGUCGCUGAGUGCGAUGGUGACUGCGAACGUGAUCUGUUUCACUCCCGAAUCCGUCUUCCACCCCCUCUAUCCGGCCGAAAUCCGCAUUGGAGCAGACGGACGGUGUCUCCAGUCGCCCGCCCACUACGUCGCACUUCAGGCCGUCAAGUGAGAGCACUGUUGUUUUUUUUUUUUACUUGUUUACACCACUUUUGCAGAUUUCUGAACAUGAACAAAGAGGACAACGAGUACAUAAUGGACAACGUGAACUCGGUGGAAUGCUGGACGCGUCUGCACGAAGUGAUCGAGCAAAGGGGGCGUGGCCUCGAGAUGGAGCAGACGUGGUGGAUGGAGAAGAGGAUACAGUUCGUGAAGGAGGGACUGCAGCUCAUGCUCGAGCAGCACCCCGCACUUCUCAGGGCUCUUCUCGACACUGGCGACGCGCUUUUGGUAUGAUUCAUACGUGCGAACUGGCCGAUUUCGGUCCGGCUGAUAACUCGCUUCAAAAAAAAGGUGCGUAGAACGACAUGUCAGAUUGUAGAUUUCGAGGAGUUCGGGCCGGUUUUAGAGCCGGCAUUUUGCCGCGGGCCGGCUCUAAAGUCGGCCCGGAUGUUGUCCUAUUUGUAGAACUCAUGAAGUUCUACAAUCUGCCAUGUUGUUCUACGAACAACUUUGAUUUUGAAGCGAGCUAUCAGCCAGCCCGUUUCCAAAUAUCCAUUUUUCUACGAAAAUGCCCCAAAUUUUGCAGGUUUAUUGCGCUCGAUUCUCGUCGAUCGACACCGAGUUAUCGAUUGGAAUGCGUGAAAUGGACCUACGGUAUUGGUUGAGCGAAGUUGACGUCACCACGAAACAGGUACGUCUGAAUAAAACCAUUGCGACAUCGUCUCUGAUUUGAGGAUUUACCAACUCUUAUGCUCUUGCGCUUAGGACAAGUUUUGGCCUGUGCAAUUGUUCUAUCAAGGCACAAAUGGGAAAUUAUCGGAAAUUACACUAAACUCGCUCGAAAUUUGCAGCUGAUCGACCUGUGCACACGUCCGAUGGCAUUCCGGCCGCCGUACCUCGGCGGCAACCGACUGGGACUGCUUCUCAUGGAAAUCCGGCGCGAGUUCGUGCUGCAGGGCAUCUUCCCGGCGCAACUGCCGGAGCUCCAGCUGACCGUCGAGUGCGUUCUCGGCUCCGAUUCGCCGACGGAGAACUUUGUCACCUCCCAGUACUUUGACAUUCUCGAUCCCUGGAAUUAUGGCGCUCUCUGGAUCAGUACGUGUUUUUGCUGACAUUUUUCUCUCUCAAUUUCGCAUUGUAGACCCACUAUUUUUGAUCGCAAAAGACGGACAUCAGGAGGCGAUGGCCGCGUGCACACGCAUAAAAUGUCCGCAGAGGUACGUGACGGUGGACGACGAGAAAGUGACGGGAAUUGUGGACGAACUGGUCAAGGAGCAAACACAGGUUUGUACGCAUUUUUGGGGCAAUUGGCCGGCCCUUGUCCUGCACUUUUGGCCUACUUGAAAUAUUCCGAUCGGACUCAAACUUGGCAGACUUCUUGGACGCGGAUUGAAGUAUAUUGGGACCGAGUUUCAGCCUGAUCGAAUCAUCUGGACCCGAGAUAUACUGGUUUGAGGGACUUUCGGUCAAUGAUCCACAUAUCUCGAGACCAGAUGAAGCGAUCGAUCUGAAACUUGCUCCCAACAUACUUCAAUCCAAGUCCAAGAAGCCUGCAAAAUUUGAGCACGAUCGGAACAUUGCAAGUGGGUCAAAAGUCUAGGACAAUUGCUCAUCCCUGAUUUUUCCCGAAAUGUUUAGAUUUUUUCCAAUUUUCAGGAGGAAGCGCUGGCCCAAAUAGCGCCGGAAGACCUGCGAGCCGUGUUCAUGAAGUUAUGUGCCCGACUCAAAUCGAAAGUCGAAUGUCUGGAGCACCAAUCCGCCGAAAUGGCCAUGCAGGCCUGGGAGGUAACUCUUUUUUUUUUCUCAAUUUUCUCCCAUUAUAAUACAAUUUGCCUACAGUCGCAUCGUCUACAAUCGAUCCGCCGAUCGUUGGCCGACACAAAGGAACGGACGGAGGCGGACUCGUCGUCGGGACCGUCCAUUUCGGCGCCGCCGUUCCCAUUACGUCACGGUCGAAUGGCGGCCGGAAGGGAGCGGGAGCGAGAAGAAGAGAGAGAGAGAAGGAACGCUCCGCCCACCUCUUCUACUUCUUCCGCUUCCGUUUCGGCGACGCCUUCCGCGCGGAAAGAACGCACCGAGUACAAGAUUCCGACGAAUACGAAGCGGAAAUUCGGAAAGGAUCGCGGGGAAAAGAAGACGGAAACGGGCGCGACGACGGAGAACGCCGCGAAGACGAGUUCUCUACUUGGCAAGAGAGAGGUACGCUUUCUGUUAAAGUGUACUUCAAAGUGGGGGCAUUUGUGUUCCCAAACCGAGUUGAGCGGAAAGCGGAAUUCCGCGGCGCAUAGAAAUAAAUUUGAUGCUAUGCGCCUUUAACUGCCUUCCGUCUGCGCGAAACUCAAUUUUUUUUUUGCAGAGAAUCCAGGAAACAAAAAAGCGUGGUCACUCGUCGCCGUCCCGAAAAUCCCUCUCCUCGACGACGGCCGCCAAUUCGGGAACUCCCGUCAAAAAGGCGGCGGUCCCGCCCCCUGCACCGCCGAAACCGAAAAGGGAUCCGGACGAGGAGCUGUCGGAGGGAGAGAUCCUCUCCACCGACGAAGAGGAUAAUAGUUAG